CAGAUUUGUGUACCGUGUGAUUUUGCUGUCUUUUCUAAUAGCAAGUGCCUUGUUGGGGUUCAUUUUUUUCUUCCUACUGCACUGCGUAGAGCGCAUUCAACCCAAAGCCAUUAAACAAUUCCAUAUUUCAUCGCAAUGAUUUUCGCAAAAUUAGUGACAAAAAACCUGAUUCGCAACUGCAGCAGAUGCUUCAGUUCCUCAACCAAACUGAACCGAUUAAUUACAAUUAAAAGCAACGACGAGUUUCUCAACAAAGUCAUGAAUUCUGAUAACCCCGUAAUUGUUAACUUCCACGCCGAGUGGUGCGAACCUUGCCACAUUCUAACUCCAAAAAUGAAGGAGUUGGUCGAACAUGACGCUAACAUUGACUUGGCUAUUGUAGACGUAGAGGACCAUGCCGAACUAGUCCAUACUUUCGAAGUCAAGGCUGUGCCUGCUGUUAUAGCUAUAAGAAAUGGACUAGUCGUUGACAAAUUCAUUGGCCUUGUUGAUGCACAUAUGAUCGAAAAUUUGAUCAGUAAGUUAGGUAAGAAGGUAUAACGAUCGCUCACGGUCGUCCCUUGGACUGCGUUAAUUUGUUUAUUAGUUAUAAAAUCACAAUAAGAGCUUGUGUAUGUAUUUAUAAAUAUAUUCUUGUAAAAUUA